GUGGUGUCCCUGGCCUUGGUGGUCCAAAAGGAGCUAAUGGUGACCCUGGUCGUCCAGGUGAACCUGGUCUCCCAGGUGCUAGAGGUCUUACUGGUCGCCCUGGUGAUGCUGGUCCUCAAGGAAAAGUUGGUCCAACUGGUGCUGCUGGUGAGGAUGGUCGUCCAGGACCUCCUGGCCCACAGGGUGCUCGUGGACAACCUGGUGUCAUGGGUUUCCCAGGACCUAAGGGUGCUAAUGGUCCUGCUGGAGAGAGAGGUGAACAAGGUGCUCCUGGUCCUUCUGGCUUCCAGGGUCUUCCUGGGCCUCCAGGUCCUCCCGGUGAGGGUGGCAAGCCAGGUGACCAGGGUGUUCCAGGAGAAGCUGGCGCUGCAGGUCUUGUAG